ACACUGCACUAACGGGGCUUACUUUCGGCAUGAGGGUAUUUUGUUUGUAUUUUUUCGCUCAACUUGCUACUUUUUAAAAAAAGAAAGUGACUUCUGCUGAUAGCGAGGGGCUAAAAACAAUUAGCAAGCAAAGUCCAGUGAGGGUCAGAAAGCAUGUGAAGAGGACGCAUUUGUAAAUAUGAACGGUGUUCCACACUAAAGGCAGGGUACUAGUUUUUUUGUUGUCAGUAUCCCAGCGUGAAAGUGGUAAAAAAAAUUAUUUGCCUGCGACCCCAGGACCAGUGGACCGAACCGCCGGUAUGUUUCCCCUAGACGCUCCGUGGAACAUCUCUUUCGCAGGUUGCGGCUUCCUCGGUAUCUACCAUGUCGGAGUGGCGAGCUGUCUGCUGGAUCAGGCGCCUUUUCUGGUCAAACACGCCCGGCACAUAUACGGAGCAUCAGCCGGAGCUCUCACCGCCACCACUCUGGUCUCUGAAGUAUGUCUUGGAGAGACUGGUGCAAGUAUUAUUCAGGUUGCCAAAGAGGCGAGGAAGCGAUUCCUUGGACCCAUGCAUCCUUCCUUUAACCUGGUGAAGAUUGUGCGUCACAUGCUGCGGCGCAAUCUGCCAAAUGAUUGCCACCAUCAGGCCAGCGGGCGGCUGGGAAUCUCUCUCACCCGAGUUACAGAUGGAGAAAAUGUCCUAGUGUCCCAAUUUAACAACAAGGAGGAGCUGGUGCAGGCAUGCAUCUGCAGUGCCUACAUCCCAGUGUACUGUGGCCUCAUUCCUCCUACACUGCAAGGAGUGCGAUAUGUUGACGGAGGAAUCUCAGACAACUUGCCUCAGUAUGAGCUGAAGAACACUAUCACUGUGUCCCCGUUCUCCGGAGAGAGCGACAUCUGCCCCCGAGACACUUCAACCAACAUCCAUGAGUUGCGUUUCACCAACACAAGCAUCCAGUUCACCCUCACCAACCUCUACAGAGUCUCCAGGGCACUUUUCCCUCCAGAUCCAGCGGUUAUGAAGGCCAUGUGUAAACAGGGAUAUAAAGAUGCUCUACACUUUUUAAAGAGGAAUGGAUUGUUUAAUGUCAACGGACCCUACAAAGACAGACCCCUGCUCGCUAACGAAGAAGAAAGCGAGGAUUAUGAUGAAGAGGAGGAUGAUAAUAAAAGUGAAGAGGAAGACAAGUCACACGCGGAAGCAAAAUCGGUGGUGUUUUACACCACUUCUUCAACAGAGGAGCACAUCAUCGAAUGCCUCCCACCCAAACUGCACAAAGCUCUGGUCGAGGCCUGCAUGGAGAGGAGGAGCCUGGCGCAGUCGCUAGGCAACACGCUUCCUGUCAGGAUGGCCUCAGCCAUGAUGCUCCCCUACACUCUCCCUCUGGAGUCUGCCAUGUCCUUGACUCUCAGACUUCUGGAGUGGCUGCCAGAUGUGCAGGAAGAUGUGGGGUGGAUUCGAGAGCAGAUAAUGAAAGUCCUACAGCACGUUCUUCGCCAGACCUCCAAAAGUAUUUCCCGGAAUGUAUCUGCCAGGUUGUUGUGCCAGCUGGAGCUGCACCACUACCAGGCCCUCCCAUCCCACUUCAGCUCUACCAACCUGUUUCCCGCCUGGGUGAACGGAAGCGGUUCUCCAGUCCAGGAUGUGUUCGGACGUCUCGACCACUACAAGAAGCAGCUGCUGUCUGGAGUCCUCUGUAUCAACAUGAACCUGCAGGGCUCCUUCAAAACCAGGGUAAUGUCACCAGACAACAGCCCUCCACCUAGCCUCCCCCCAGAAGGCCUCACGAUGCACAAAAUUCCAACUCUGGAGAAGCUCUGAGCAUCUCCUAAGACCUUCUGUUACUGCAGCACUGAUUCCAGAUACUUAUUCCAGAGCCAGAAACAUUUUUAGACAAUUUAAAUCAGAUUUUAAUAUCUGUUUUCUGUUUUGUGAUCUAAUCAGCCCCUUUCUAUUGUGGUUGGAAGUGGUAAUAAACACACUUAGUAUGUAUUAAAUAUUUCUGGAUUAAUGCAUGACCCUGAAAUACGUUUUUAACUACAGUACAGUCAUGCAGGCCCACAGACAGUAAGUAUGUCUGUAAGUGCAUUUAGACUUAGCACAUGUGUUCAGUCAUGUACAAACUUGAAUUACAGGAUGUUACAAACAAAAAUGCGCACUUGAAGUAGUAUGGUUAAAAUAGACGAGUGUUUAUGUUUUUAGUGGAAUGCAGUCAGACCAGUAGUUAGGCAGCAUUUUCCUGCUGUAUCCGGUUAUGAGCUUUAAGUUGUUUCAGCUACACAGACAGUGUAGGACUGGAGA